AUGGCUGAAACAAAUGCCAACAUUAAACCAAGGAACGCAAAAUUAUGCUAUUCUGCUUUUCACAAUGUAACUGCUAUGGUUGGAGCUGCAGUUCUUGGCUUCCCUUAUGCCAUGUCUCAGCUUGGAUGGGGUUUAGGUAUUACAAUUUUAAUCCUUUCAUGGAUUUGCACAUUGUACACUGCAUGGCAAAUGAUUGAAAUGCAUGAAUCCGUACCAGGCAAGAGAUUUGACAAGUAUCAUGAAUUAGGUCAACAUGCAUUUGGUGAAAAACUUGGUUUGUGGAUUGUGGUGCCUCAACAAUUAAUGGUGGAGGUCGGCAUUGAUAUAGUUUACAUGGUAACUGGUGCAAAAUCAUUAAAGAAACUUCAUGAGAUUCUUUGUGAUGAUUGUAAGCCUAUUAAGACAACUUACUUCAUUGUGAUAUUUGCUUUUGUUCAAUAUUUCCUCUCCCAUCUCCCUAGUUUCAACUCCGUCGCCGGUGUUUCCCUCGCCGCUGCUGUCAUGUCUCUCAGUUACUCCACCAUUGCUUGGAUAGCUUCAAUUCACAAGGGUGCUCAACCAGGUGUACAAUAUGGUAGCAGGUAUUCAUCAAAAGCAGGAAAUGUGUUUGGAAUAUUUAGUGCUAUGGGGGAUAUAGCUUUUGGAUAUGCUGGCCACAAUGUGAUUCUUGAGAUCCAAGCAACAAUCCCUUCCACACCUGAAAAGCCUUCCAAAGUAUCUAUGUGGAAGGGAAUGAUAAUUGCUUAUUUAGUAGUGGCUUUGUGUUAUUUUCCUGUUACUAUCUUUGGCUACCGCGCUUUUGGAAAUUCUGUUGAUGAUAACAUCCUUUUGUCCCUUGAGAAACCACAUUGGCUUAUUGUUGCAGCAAAUAUCUUUGUUGUUGUACAUGUCAUUGGAAGUUAUCAGGUCUAUGCAGUUCCGGUGUUUGAUAUGAUGGAAUCAUUUCUAGUAAAAAGGAUGAAUUUCAAGCCAACUCGGUUUCUUCGAUUCGUGACACGAAACUCAUAUGUUUCCAUUACCAUGUUCCUAGCAAUUGCAUUUCCUUUCUUUGGUGGGCUUCUAAGCUUCUUUGGGGGAUUUGUCUUUGCUCCAACCACAUAUUUUCUCCCUUGCAUAAUGUGGAUUUUUAUCUACAAACCAAAGAUAUUUAGCUUGUCUUGGUGUGCAAAUUGGUUUUGCAUUGUGUUUGGAGUAGUGUUGAUGGUUUUAACACCUAUUGGGGCGUUGAGGCAGGUUAUACUACAAGCUAAGGACCACAAGUUUUACUUGUAA